ACGGCGAAGGGCGCGCGCCACUGCGCAGAGGCCGCUCAGCGGGCCGUGCCGUGCGCCUGCGCAGUGCGGGCCGCUCCCCGCCCCCUGCCCCGCCGCCCCUCCUCCGGCCGGCCCGGCCCUCCUCGGCUCCGAGCCCUCCACCGGGUCUCAGUCGCCGCUCUGCCCCGCAGCAGCCAGCCCGGCCUCCGGCAGCAUGUUCAGCUGGGUCAGCAAGGAUGCCCGCCGCAAGAAGGAGCCGGAGCUCUUCCAGACGGUGGCCGAGGGGCUGCGGCAACUAUACGCGCAGAAGCUGCUGCCGCUGGAGGAGCACUACCGCUUCCACGAGUUCCACUCGCCCGCGCUGGAGGACGCUGACUUCGACAACAAGCCCAUGGUGCUCCUCGUGGGCCAGUACAGCACGGGCAAGACCACCUUCAUCCGUCAUCUGAUCGAGCAGGACUUCCCGGGGAUGCGCAUCGGGCCCGAGCCCACCACCGACUCCUUCAUCGCGGUCAUGCACGGCCCCACCGAGGGCGUGGUGCCGGGCAACGCGCUCGUCGUCGACCCGCGGCGCCCCUUCCGCAAGCUCAACGCCUUCGGCAACGCCUUCCUCAACAGGUUCAUGUGUGCCCAGCUGCCCAACCCGGUCUUGGACAGUAUAAGCAUCAUCGACACUCCCGGGAUCCUCUCUGGAGAGAAACAGCGCAUCAGCAGAGGUUACGACUUCGCGGCUGUCCUCGAGUGGUUCGCCGAGCGGGUGGACCGUAUCAUCCUGCUCUUCGACGCCCACAAGCUGGACAUCUCUGACGAGUUCUCGGAAGUCAUCAAGGCCCUCAAGAACCACGAGGACAAGAUCCGCGUGGUGCUGAACAAGGCCGACCAGAUCGAGACCCAGCAGCUGAUGCGGGUCUACGGGGCCCUCAUGUGGUCCCUGGGGAAGAUCAUCAACACCCCCGAGGUGGUCAGGGUCUACAUCGGCUCCUUCUGGUCCCACCCGCUCCUCAUCCCCGACAACCGCAAGCUCUUCGAGGCCGAGGAGCAGGACCUCUUCAAAGACAUCCAGUCUCUGCCCCGAAACGCCGCCCUCAGGAAGCUCAAUGACCUGAUCAAGCGGGCGCGCCUGGCCAAGGUCCAUGCCUACAUCAUCAGCUCCCUCAAGAAGGAGAUGCCCAAUGUCUUCGGCAAAGAGAGCAAAAAGAAAGAGCUGGUGAACAACCUGGGCGAGAUCUACCAGAAGAUCGAGCGGGAGCAUCAGAUCUCCCCCGGCGACUUCCCCAACCUCCGCAAGAUGCAGGAACUCCUGCAGACCCAGGACUUCAGCAAGUUCCAGGCCCUGAAGCCCAAGCUGCUGGACACCGUGGACGACAUGCUGGCCAACGACAUUGCCCGGCUGAUGGUGAUGGUGCGACAGGAGGAGUCCCUGAUGCCCGCCCAGGUCGUGAAGGGCGGCGCCUUCGAGGGCACCAUGAACGGGCCCUUCGGGCAUGGCUACGGCGAGGGGGCCGGCGAGGGCAUCGACGAUGUCGAGUGGGUGGUGGGCAAGGACAAGCCCACCUACGACGAGAUCUUCUACACUCUGUCGCCCGUCAACGGCAAGAUCACGGGCGCUAGCGCCAAGAAGGAGAUGGUGAAGUCCAAGCUGCCCAACACGGUGCUGGGGAAGAUCUGGAAGCUGGCCGACGUGGACCGGGACGGGCUGCUGGACGACGAGGAGUUUGCCCUGGCCAACCACCUCAUCAAAGUCAAGCUGGAGGGCCACGAGCUGCCUGCCGACCUGCCCCCGCACCUGAUCCCGCCCUCCAAGCGGAGGCAUGAGUGAGCCCCGCCGGCCGCGUCCACCAGCUCGGUGCCCGGCCCGGCAGAGGCUGGGGGAGGAGAGGGUCAGCAGUUCCCAAGACCAUAAAGACUGAGCCAUGUUUCCUCAGCUCCCAAAAGGAAAACCACCGUCUUUCUCUUAAGGCUGCUCCUGGGGAGGCAGGUGUGAUAUUCAUAUGUGAAUGAUGGAAUUUUGUGCAUAAGAACUACGGAUAUUUUUAAUAUAUAACGUUAGAGGCAGCGUUCUUUCUUGCCUCCUCCUCCUCCUCCUCCUCCUUCUGGCAGCCCCACGUGCACACAGGCUCUGUCCUCCCGGUCCUCACCUCCUGCCGGGGAAGCCGCCCCGCUCGCCCCUCCUGCAGCUGUGUAGACAGGGACACGGGGUCCUUGUUUGUUUCAGGCUGAGUCGCUCCACCGGGCCAGUGGCUCCCUUCCGUGCCCGGCCCUGACCCCGCCCUCCGCUCCCAGGUUCAGUUGGUUCUCUUCCUCCUUCCCUUGCUGGCCCCCCACCCCCCCCACCCCAUCCACAGGCCCUGCCUUUGCUCUCUUGUCCCCAGGCUCGGCAGUCACAGAAGCCAGGCCCAGCUGCCUUUUGGGGGGCAUCCAAGGGAUGGGUGGGUGUGAGAGAACAUCUUCCAGAGAAAUACAUAAGCUAGCUUUUGUUCUGUAAAGUGGCAUCUUUCAUACUUGACUGAAUUUUCCAGUAACUUCCCAACCACUUGUUCAGAAGCUGUGAUUUUUGUCUCCUUCCCCACACCCCAGCUGGCGGACAGCUCCACUCAGGAGACACCCCGCCCUCCGGAGACCCCAGAGGUGGUGUUUCCUGCUUCACCCUCUCACUUUCCUGGAACAUUAAUUCUGGUGCACCUCCCUGCCCCACCUUUGGUGGGCAGUGGGUCCUCACGAACCUGGUGUGGCCUGGUGCUCCAGCCGGGGCCAGGUGGCCAGGCAGAGAGACCGGGGACGGCCCAGCCCCUUCCCUCUCCCACCUGCCUUCCUUCCGUUGAGCAAAGGAGGGCGGCGCUCCAUUCUGAUGCCCUUAGAACAGCGCCCCCCGGGCUGAGCACCUAGAAGCCCGAGCCAGCCGGUGGCCAGUGGAGGCCGCCUCACUCUGCUUUGCCUCCACUGGGCAGUUGGAGCGCAGCCUCGGGGGCCUGGACAUGCGUGCUGGCCGGUGGUUGGACACCAGGGCCUGGAGCCGUCAUCACAGAGAAACUGUGGUCGGGGGAGCAGGCUUCCCACCAGUCACUCCCUCGGGGGUCUCAGGGACUCCACUCUGACCCCUGACCCCAGCCCACCCUCCCAGUGCUGCUCUCUAGGCCUCCCAGGGUCCAAGUCACCAGGAACUGUCCUUGUUACCUGCAGCCGGCCUCGGGCCCCCCCAUCCCACACGGCAUCCUCAUCGGGAAUUCACUGCAGUUUAAGGUGCAGUGGCUUAACCGCACUUGCCUGUGGGAAGGAAAAGCAACUGAAGACAAGACUUUUUUUUUUGCAUUAAAAAAAAGUUUAUGCUGAA